UUUCACCAAUCGGAAUAGACAUCGAGAAGACCUCAAUGGAAGAUGCAUGCUAUCUGGGUGCUCUGGCAGGCUUCUGGCAUACGAACUGUGGGGUGCCGGUGCUUUUGCUCGGCCCAUUUCUCAGGAAGCGAUUUAUCGCGAUCGCAACGCGUCGCGGGGCAGAUGGGGUUAUAAACUCGCUUGUCGCCUGAAGCACGUAUGUGUAAAUUAUAAUGAUGGCCAAUUCACUAUGAAGCAUCUAUCAGCAAUACAAGCACGAUACUGAUGUUGUGGCAUCAUGGCUCAUUUGGCUACAGCGCAACCCUCGGGCCACCUCCUCCUACGGAACAGAAGUCCCAAAGACUGAAAGGCAAGGCUAGGAAAACUGCCAAGCAAGUGACAGCUCCGCAAAAUGGGUCAGACAAACAGACUUCGAAGCCCAAAUACACCCUUGCUGUCAAAGACUUCAUAUCUCUAUCUGAGCACAUCGCUGGCGUUACAGACAAGACUGUCGAAAUCCCCGAGUACUUUAACGUCGCACUCAACCGAGUAAUCUCGGUUCGGAGUUCGUUCUCGACAAAGUUGGAGACAGCCGGCGAAGCCGUCAACCAGGCAUCAGAUUCUCGUCACAAUUUUUUUGUGACUGUGCUAGAGAAGGUUCGCGAAUCGCUGAAACCCUUGACGAAGUCCAACGCCCUGGAUCUUAGCAGCAUCAAGAAUGCUACACCAAGGGCCGGCGGAGACCGAGCUAGGCAGAGUGAACUUCGAAAUCUAUUCGAAGUCUUGGAUGUAUACGAACCCUCUGCGGAGUUCCUGGCUGCACCAGACGUGGUGCCUUCACCUUCACCUGUGGAACUGGAAUAUACUGUUGAGGAGCCGACCGACUCAAUCAUUGAGGCCUUCAUGGCCAUGACCAUGUUGGUGAACGACCUCUCCCGCCUGCGUGCUGAGAUAGCUGACCUUUGGGCUCGGCAUAACACCGGAGAACUCGAUCUGCCAACUGUUUCGGUAGCGACGAACGCAGCGAUUGAGCUUGCGCACAGCAUGGAAGAUGAAGUCUAUCCAUUGAUGAAGUUCUUGGUCGAAACUGUACCUUUCCACGAGCUGUACUGGACCGGUAUUUGCAAACAAGCUGGUCUUGAUGCGCUCACGCCACAAUCGCCGCCCCACGCAGAUGAUUAUAACUUUCAAGUUUACGACAUCGCAGAUGCGCUUUUCAUCAAUUCCCGUAAUGCCCUUUUGGUCUUUCUCGCCAACUUCCAGCCGCCAAUCAUGAGUUACAAUGGUAAAUGGGGUCCAUUCGACAAGAAUGCGCGCCAGCCACCUCAGACGAAUAGAGAGAAAUAUGCCCGCGACAAGUCAACUUUGCAAGAAGUGCUCCAGGAUCUUCCUCUACUCUUUAAUCGUCCGGGAGUUAUUGAGGAUCAGUUCGUCCACGCUUUCGCUGCCGCUCGGACAUCCUACAACAAAGCGAACUCGAACCAGCAACCGCCAAUCUAG